UAUCACAGGAGAUAAAGCAACACAGAAUCAAAAUGUUCAGCUUUUUACAUCAUAGAACAAAAAUUACGACUAUUGACUACAUACCUGGAAUAGGUGUAGUUCUGUUAAUCCUGAUUCACGACAGGUACUUUAUUUGUCGCCGUGGAAUAUGGUACGAACUGAUACCGUCAGCUUAUCCUGAGCAAUUUACCAGACAGACAUAUGAACCACCAAGACACGUGCAAUCUAUCAUGUCAAAGGCGGAAACAGAGAAACAACGAAUACGGGAGAAACUAGAGAGGAGUGUAAAAGCAGUGGAGCAAGCAUACAAAGAGGCGCAGUUGCUAGAGGAGGCAGAGUGGGAUACUGACUCAGAUGAGGAAUAUACGUCUGAAGAAGAGGAAGACGACGACGAAGAGGAGGAGGAGCCAAUCUACUGGGAGUUUGUCAAACACCUUGCUAAGGACGACACUGACGAGAGGAUAAGACAGGACAUUGAACAGGAGGAGAAUUAUAUGAUUGCAUGUUUCGAUUUUCAUUAGUCUUUUCUAUUUCUUUUUAUGAAUA